GGAGUGGUAGUUCUUGCUGGUUCGUGCUCCCAUUGGAUAACGAGCUUUCUGGAAGUUUUGUUUACACCGUAGGUUCGUCCUAGCACGAACCACACGAACCUAUACACGUCUGUUGUCUUACUCAGCAGUCAACAAUAGGGUGGACCAUAACAUGAACCCAGAAGAGCUAUUCAAACGUUUCUUUGGAUUCACAAAGUUUCCAGAUGGAGGAUACAAAGGUUACGGCCAUGAACAUGAUUCGGAGAACUGGUCCUCAGAGGAUAAUCUUCAUUCAGAUGUUUUCGGUGAAUUUGAAAUUGAGAUGAAUCGCCAGAUGGAAGAAGUUGAUCGUCAUAUGAGGGAAAUGUUCCGGGUAUUUCGCAUUGCUGAAGUGCCAUCAUUAUUUCCUUUCCCAGAGGGAUCCCACACACAUCAGCAUGAAACUAACCCACGGAACUUCAUGCUGAAAGAAGAUGAUACAAAUCAUAGUCCAUUUUCUCUCUCGGAACCAGUUCUUCCAAGAUCUCCUGCUUCUCCAAGCAGACCAUCUCCUCCAACCAUGCCAACACCACCUCCAGCAAAAAAUUUACCCACCCUGCCGGAAACAGAUUCACUGUUUGAGAAAAUCUUCACCAUACCUAGGUGGAACAGAAUCCGCCCACAAGAUAAGUUAGACUCAGAUUUAGAUACCAAGUCUCCCAGCAGCUCAGAGAUUGCUGAUCUGUUAAAAGGACAAGAGCAAAGAGAAUUAUCUCCACUUAAGCCUCAGCAGCCACACAACUUCUUCCGCACUAACAGCUAUAGUUUCAGCACCAUAGUAGGACCAGAUGGGAAAGUGGAGGAAAGGCGUAUUGUUCGGGAUUCAAGUGGCAGAGAGGAAGAGACCAUCACUAGAAAAAUUGGUGACAGUUCACAUUCUGUGACAACCAUCACAGGUGAAGGAGGUGUUGUUGAAAAGCAAGAAACCUUUCAAAAUAUUGAAAAAGAUAAAUUGUCUGAGUUUGACAGGAACUGGGGAGAACACUGGAGGAACAGGUCUGGACUCAUGCUGGAGCCAAAACAGCCAUCGCUUGAUGACUCAAAAAGCAUUUUUGAGAAACUGUUUGGUUUAUCAUGGAAAUGAUGUUGUUUUACUACAUUAUAACCAAAAGAUGUACAUUAAUGGACAGAAAGCUGAAGACUUCCAGGUGCGUGAUUCCUGGGUUUCAGCAAAAUUUCUUUCACCUUGCCUUUUCAGUUUUCGAUCUGAAGUUAAGAGAAGCAAAAGAGCAUAUAUCAGGAUUUCCAACACAACAGUUGUAGGUAAAAAAACUGAGUUUAGUUAUUGACGUUUAGCACAUUUUGGAGGUUACUAGCUGUGGCUUUGUUUUUAUUGCAUUUCAUGUAAUGAUCAGUAGAGCUAGAGAAAGAAAUUAACAUUUGUGUAUGAUAAACCUAAUGACAAUAUUCAGGCUGCGGGUUGUUUUGUAUCUGUUUAUACACCAGAAAUAAUGUUCACCUUGUUUGUCCAUUAUUUGCAAAUGAGGUAUCAAAGUUCCCAGCAAGGCACCUUUUCAGGAGCUAUUCACAGGUUUAUUUUUCUGGUCUUUGCUGUGUUUACUUGCAAUAAAUUCAGAGCUUGAAUGAGUAUAAGGAAUCAUUUGAUGGUUUGAUCACUAUGCUAUGUUGUUUUUUUUUUGGGGGGGGGGUUUGUUGGGUUUUUUUUUUCCGCACAAGCAUUUGAGAACCGGGAACAGUUUUAUCAUAACCCUAACCUUUCUAUUAAAAAAAAAACUUAGUUGAUGAGGAGUGAUACUUUAAAAAAGGUACUAUGGGACAUUCGCUCUAAAACCACCGGCUCCACGCCUGUUCAACUGAGCGAACCCGUGGUAUCGAGGUCAAGCUCAACACGCACGGUCCUGCGGGACACAGUGAACGACCACGGCCCAGUCCAGCUGAUUAGCGCUGACCUAUUUUAAGAUCACCAUGCUCUCACAUUCUGUGACUUGAUCAAGUUAUAAAAUUAAUGAAAAGAUGCUAUUUAGCUGGUGUACAGCUGAUU